ACCCACUCGACCUGGCAGCCACUGUCCCAGCAGGAACCUGCCCCGGGCUCGUCCCAUCCGCCAUUGGCUGGGGACCUGUGUCCAAGCGGCCGCACCCCAGUGUUCAAUGGGACCCUCUAACCUGCUCUCCACGGCUCUCGCCCAGCCCCAAACUGGGGCCAACUAGCCAGAGGUGGAGCACAUGCACCAACUGGAAACUUCCUGUUGUGCAAGAUCCGCUCAGCAACCAGCCUCCCAGCACAGCCGCUGGUGCCCACACGCAGAGGGCAGAGCUGAUGUGCCACUGGCCUGGGGCAGAGCGGGCCAGGGUCUGGCUGGGGUGGGAGGUUGCUUGGGCUGGUCCCAAAGCCCCUAAGGGGAGCUGUGUUUCUUUUAGUUAUAGGUUUCUCCCAAGCCCUUAUGUAUCUCAACACUGGGCAAGAAGUCCUUGUAUAAACAGCCCCCGUGCCCGACCCCAGAGGCAGCCACAUCUCAGCGCUUGGAAAGGGUCCCUGUGUAAACAACCCCCAGAACCCAGGCCAGAUUCAGCUGCGUCUCAGCUCUUAAGUCGAAGGAUGGAGUCUCUGGUGGGUGGUGCAAUCCAGCUGCUUCUCCUGAUCCAGCCGAUGACCCGGGUCCCAUCACAAGGGAAUCCCCAGACUCAGUGAUCCGGGACCUGGGAGGCGUUGGAGGAACUGAGAGUCAGAAAACAAACAUCUGUGCUCAAUGGACCAGCUCGGAUCUGCUGACGUCUCUCCUGCUGAGAGACCCUGGGUCCCAUUUCCACCUCCCAAAGCCAGCCAGUGCCCCACCCUGUGGCAGAUUAGAGCCAGGACCCCCUAGAGGGGAAAGACCCCAUGUCACAUUCCCCUCACCCACAGACAGUCCCUCUGUGGUGGGGCCGGAAGCCGGCUGUCAGUGGGAGCUGCCUGUAUCUCUGACAAUCUCCCUCUUGCGUUGAUGGCACUGAAAUCUCCAGCCCUGACUUCCCCUUCCUGUCGUGAAAUCUCACAUCUUGCCCCAUUUCUCGCCCUGACACUUGCAUCCGCUGCCUCCCAGGCAGGUCUCCACAGGCACCCGGCUCUUCCUAUUGGAGUCGGGAUUCACCAGCCAUCGUAACCGGACAUCUGCUGUUCCAGUGCGCUGUUCCCAGCCAUUCCGCCCCAGAGUCGGACGCAUUUCAGCGUCGGGUGAGCAACCCUGGGCAGUGUCGCUGUGUGGCUAUUCCGCAGCUGCUCCGCCCCGGAGGUGGCUGCAUCUCAGCUCAGGGUUCCUGUACAGGCUCAGAGUCACAAACCCUGGGGAACCCGGGCUGCAGGGUCAGAGAGCCAGGCAGAGGGCCCCCCGCUGCAGGUCUAGGGGUCUGUCCCAGCCGGACGCCCCAGCCAUGGGCAGAGCCCUGCCGCCACAGCAUAAUGCCGGGGAAUGGGAUCUCCUGGCUCAGGGUCCCCCAUGGAGAGUAGGGGAACCUUCCCCCACUGCGGCCACACUGAGGGUCCUGAUCCUCGCCCUGCUCUGGAGGGGGUCCCUGUCCCAGCAGCCCGGAUUUACCCUGACGGUGCCGCAGUCGGUGUCGGUGCAAGAGGGUCUCUGCGUUCUUGUCCCCUGCAACUUCACAUACCCAGCCUCGUACGACACCGACAAUCCCUCAGCCCAGCUCUACAGAUACUGGUACAAGGAUACGGCCAUUGUGGGCCAGAAUCCACCUGUGGCCAGGAGUGACCGCAACUUGUGGGUGUCGCAGCAGACCCAGGGUCGGUUCCGGCUGGCGGAGAAUCCAGUGCGCGGCGACUGCUCCCUGCAAAUCAGCGACGCCCAACAGACAGAUGCAGGGAGAUAUUUCCUUAGAGUCGAGGGAAGAGUUAACUACAAUUACCGCACCAGUACCGAUCACACUGACCUUACGCUCACGAUCUCUGUGUCAGGGCUGACGGAGGAGCCAGAGAUCCAGAUCUUGCCGGCGCGGGGGCUGCCAGGGAUGCUGCUGGUCGGGGAGCCAGUGACUGUGACCUGCACGGCCCCUGGGCGCUGUUCCGGGACCCCUCCCCAAGUCACCUUGACAGGACCAUUCAGCACCACAGCCCGGGACACAUCAGUCCAGCUGGCGAACGGCACCUGGGCCCACAGGUCCAAGCUCCGCUUCACACCCACCCUGGGGGACCACGGCAAACAGCUCAUCUGCAUAGUCACCUACAGGGCACGAUGGGCACCUUCCACCAGCAGAACCAUCUGGCUCCGUGUCGGCUAUCCAGUGAGGACUCCGGAAAUCACCAUCUCCAGAGCUAACAGGAGCGACCCCCAGCUAUUCCAAGACCCCAGCAACGCAGUGGGGAACGGUUCACAGCUCACGGCCCGGGAGGGCGACUCCCUGCGGUUCCUCUGCUCCAUUGCCAGCAGCCCCCCUGCCACGCUGGCCUGGGUGAGGGGGGGCCGAGCCAUCAAGGGAGCCGGCCCCAUGGAGGGGAAUCAGCUGCGGCUGGAGCUGCCCAACGUGAAGGCCGAGGACAGGGGGCUGUACGGGUGCUGGGCCCAGAACAAUGAGAGCUCUGCCCAGGGAACGUUCCAGCUGCUCGUCGAGUACAGCCCCCGGCCGGGGACCGGGCUGAACUCGUCCUGCCAGCGCCAGGGGCCCAGCGUCAGCUGCAGCUGCUCCCUGCGCUCCCACCCCCCUCCCCGGCUCCAGUGGCAGGUGGAUGGGGAGCCCCUGGCUGGGAAUUGCUCACGGGGGGCCCUGCAGGUCAGCUCCUGGGCCCAGGGCGACGAGGCCGUCAGCACCCUGAGCUGGACGGGAAGCGGGGACAGGGGCCCCCAGAUCUUCUGCCUCGGCUCCAACCCCCACGGGACCUACGCCGCCCUGCACAUUGACUUCAGCCCCCCGCAGAGAGGUGAGACACUGGGACUCCCUAGCUCUGUCCCUAGCUCAGAGAUGGGGAUGGGAAUGGGGGAGGGAGCCAGGAUUCCUGGGUUCUCUCCCCAGCCCUGGAAGAAGAGUGGGGUCUGGGAGUUGGAGGCAGGGGAGUUGGGAGCCAGGACUCCUGGGUUCUUUCCCAGCCAUGCUCCAUGCUGUGCAGAGGAGCUGGGCAUCGGUGUGGCCUGUGGGCUGGGGGUCGCUAUCGGCUUCUUCCUUCUCGGGCUCUGUGUGAUCAAGCUGCGGGGCCGGGAGCCGGUGCCCCCCAAUGCUGAGGCUGGGGAGAUGGCUAACGGGAGCCGGGCGGAGCACACGGCUGACGAGGCCAGCCUGAUCUACAGUAACGUCCCCAACAUGCCCAUGCAUCACAAGACUCCAGCCGCCCGCCAGACCAAAGGCAUCCAGGAUGGGGCUGCAGCAACAAAGGCCCCACUAGGCCCCGGGGAGCCAGAUGAGCAGUAUUACACCUCCAUCAACUUCUCCAAGCCGCAGCGCAAAGGGGCGGAGCCUCUGGAGGCCCCCACCACAGAAUAUUCCGAGGUCCGGCGGAAAUAGCCCCUUAGAACAUGGGCCCAGGCUGGGCAUCUCCGGCCCAUCCAGUGCUGUUGGGGGAUCAUAACGAGGGGGGAAGGGGGCAAAGGUUUGGCCCAGGACGUGGGAAACGUGGGUGCAAAUCCCUGCUUGGCCCCGGACUCAGAGCGGGGUCAACUAGGCCUUGGAGAUGCUGGAGCACUGAAUUGUGGGGAGGUAUCCCAGAGUCCUCUGCAGCCAGGUCCUAAAGCCUGCCCCUUCCCAAACCCCACUGCCCCCAGAGGAAAGAGUCUCUGACCUCUCAACCACAGAGAGUCUCUCUUCUACACUGCCUGAGUCCUCACCCCCUCGUUUCACAGAUGGACAGGAUUUUCAAGCGCAGGGGCAGCAGCUGGCAGGAGCGGAGGGAUGGGCUUGUGGCUAAGGUGCUGGCCUGGUACUCGGGCUUCCUGGGUUCUAGUCCCUGCUCCACUGAAACUGCUGUAGGUGAGGUUGGGCCAGUUGCUGCAACUGUCUGGCCUCCCUUUCCUCACCUUGAAAAUUGAAAUGAUAAAAAUAUAAACUCUUAGGGUCAGGGACUGUUUCUCACUGUGUUUGUGCAGCUCCUGGCACAAGGGAACCCACAUCUCAGCUGGGGCAGGACCUGUCUCUCGCUGAGUGUCUGAGCAGUACCUGGCAUAACAGGGCCCUGGUCUCUGUCUAGGUCAAUCAGUGCCACGGGAUUAGAACUUCUUAAUAACAAUGUUCUAUUGAAGGUAACUUGUUCACUCCAAAGCCAAAAGUAUCCGACUGUCAAAUGUCCAGUUCACAAGCUGUUACUUGAAAUAGAUUUUCAUGUGUCAUUUUUUGCCACUGCUACUUUUUUAACAAAGGGCCACUAACAACUCUGACUUAUUUGUG